AUGUCGUACAACCUCCUGGCGGAUUCGCACGCGUGGAAGUACCGUAACGAGCUGUACCGGGGCAUCCACGAUUCCAUCCUGUCGUGGCGGCGAAGGCUCAGGGGCAUCGUCCAAGAGGUCAAGGCGCUCAGGCCGGACGUUCUCUGCCUGCAGGAGUGCGAGGAUUUUCACGGCAUCGCCGCGGCUCUGGCGGGGUGCGGGUACACGGGGCUCCACGCGCCUCGAGCGGGCGGGCGGACGGACGGAAGCUCGGUGUUUUACAGGACGUCCGUUUUCCGAUGCGCCGCGUUCGAGGCUGUCGACUUCACCGACUUUGACCUCCGCGAGAACGCCGCGGCGGUGGCGUGCCUCGUGCCCUCGCACCCGAACGCGAAGCCAGUGGUGGUCGGGUGCGUUCACCUGCUGUUCAACCCGCGGAGGGGCGACCGCAAGCUCGGGCAGCUGAGGGUAUUCGUCGAGCGGGUCGAGGCUAUGCGCGACAAAUACGUCGGCGCCGUCGGGGGCGACGCGGCUCCUCACGCGAUGCUCGUCGGUGAUUUCAACGCCGAGCCGGACUCUCCGCUGUACAGAUUCAUCGUUGACGGGACGCUGGACGUGAGCAGGGUUGACAGGAGGGACAUGUCCGGU